GCGUUACUGGGCCACACGGAUGCUGUGACGUGUCUCACAGCGUCGUCAGCGUACCACAUUGUUGUCAGCGGCUCGCGGGAUCGAACCUGCAUCAUCUGGGACCUCAACAAGCUUUCCUUCGUCACGCAGCUCAGGGGACACCGGGCACCCGUCUCUGCUCUGUGUAUCAAUGAACUGACGGGCGACAUCGUGUCGUGUGCAGGAACAUACAUCCACGUGUGGAGCAUUAACGGCAGCCCCAUCGCCAGCGCCAACACCUUCACCGGACGCAGCCAGCAAAUCCUGUGCUGCUGCGUGUCGGAGAUGAACGAGUGGGACACACAGAACGUUAUAGUCACGGGACACUCCGAUGGUGUCGUCAGGUUUUGGAGAAUGGAGUUCCUCCAAGUCCCAGAAACCCCUGCUCCAGUGCCAGUCGAGCCAGAUGUGCCUGACUGCUGUGGCGAGGAGAAGAUCGAAGGCGGCGAGAGUCACAACGGUGACGAUGACAGCAGCGAGUCAGACGGAGAUGAACCCAGUCUGAGCCAGGAGCCCAAAGCUCCACGCAACCCCUCAACAGGCGGAGGCAGCCAGCCGGGCAGCGCCGUCCACAGACCCCGAGGUCCCUCAGCCCGAGCGGGAGCGUCAUGGUCGAUGGACAGCGGCUCCGACGACUCUCACCGCUGGUCAGACACACUCAGCAUCGACGAGAAGGACGGCUUCGUGUUUGUCAACUAUUCUGAGGGACAAACCAGAGGCCCUCACCCUCACCCUCACCCUCACCCUCACCCAACACAUCCAGGCCACAGCUCUGUGCCUCAGCCGCUCCAGCCCUCUGUCAUGGAGGCACGGACAUACAACCAGCUCAGGGCAGGCUACAGAUGGGAGCGCCAGCUGGUGUUCCGGAGCAAACUCACCAUGCACACAGCGUUUGAUCGCAAGGACAAUGCUCACCCAGCAGAGAUCUCCUCCCUCGCUAUCUCCAAGGACCACAGUAAGAUCCUGGUGGGCGAUGGCCGCGGUCGGGUCUUCAGCUGGUCGGUCAGCGACCAGCCGGGCCGGUCGGCAGCGGAUCACUGGGUGAAGGACGAGGUGGUCGACAGCUGCUCCGGUUGCUCGGUUCGUUUCUCCCUCACUGAGCGACGCCACCACUGCAGAAACUGCGGGCAGCUCUUCUGCCAGAAGUGCAGUCGCUUCCAAUCAGAGAUCAAAAGGCUGAAGAUCUCGUCGCCGGUGCGGGUUUGUCAGAACUGUUAUUACAACCUGCAACACGAGCGAAGCGUCGAGGACGGCUGCAGAAACUGAGCUCGAACUCCUCCU